GCAUUAACUGGUAGGCGAAGACAGUGGAGUCUUUAGUAGAUCUGUUCUUUAGUACUUGCCGCUGCUCAUGUGACUUUUCUUUCUCUUGAAUUUCGGAUCAACAGCAGCAGCCUCGGUGUUCCACCGGUUUCAGGUUCACGUAUCCACACAACCGGAGGACGGUUUCAGGUACUUUAAUCGUUAAACAGAUUUGCUGAACAUCAUGACUCGCUGACGCCUGAAGCCGCCUCGGACGACCGUCAUGCCGCCGCCCGGUGGCUGCUCCAUCAACGCGGACUCGUCAGACGAGAGCGAGGACACCAAGUCGCUCAUCCAGAAUGACCCGGCUCCUCCUCAGUGCUGCUCGGCGCGGCUCAACCUCGCUGUCCUCAUGUUCCUCGGCUUCUCCGUGGUCUACGGUCUGCGUGUCAACCUCAGCGUUGCCAUGGUAGCCAUGGUGAACGCCACCAACCCGUCUGUAGACAGGAACACGUCGGUGGCCCCCGCCUGCCCGCUGCCACCCGGGACGGAGAACACCAGUGACACCCUGCAGCAGCCAGACGGGACUCCCGAGUACACCUGGAACCCGGAGACCCAGGGCUGGCUCCUGGGAGCUUUCUUCUUUGGGUACCUGUGCACCCAGAUCCCAGGGGGGUACCUGGCCGGUCACUACGGCGGCAGCAAGUUCCUGGGCCUGGGGGUGCUGGGCACGGCUCUCCUCACCCUCCUCACCCCUGUGGCAGCGUCAUGGGGGGUGCACUGGCUGUUCGCCCUGCGAGCGCUGGAGGGCUUCGGAGAGGGCGUGACGUUCCCGGCCAUGAUGGCGAUGUGGGCCCGCUGGGCCCCUCCUCUGGAGCGCUCCCGCCUGAUGACCCUGUCGGGCUCCGGCGGUGCCUUCGGGGCCUUCGUGGCCCUCUCGAUCACCGGUUUCAUCUGUGAAAAGCUGGGCUGGCCCGCUGUUUUCUACCUCUGCGGGGGCGCCGGCUGCUUCUGGGCUCUCUUCUGGUUUUUCCUCGUGGCUGAUGACCCUCGAACUCACCCUCGGAUCAGCGAAGAGGAGAGAGAGUACAUCGUCAGCUCCGUCGGGGCUCAGGGGACGGGUCACGGCUGGUCGGUGCCGCUCCUCUCCAUGGUUCUGUCCGUCCCGCUGUGGGCCGUCAUCAUCACACAGAUGUGCUUCAACUGGACCUUCUACACGCUGCUCACCUCCCUCCCCACCUACAUGAACAGCAUCCUGCACUUCGACCUCCAGUCGAACGGCUUCCUGUCGGCUCUGCCGUACCUCGGGAACCUGCUGGUCUCGCUCCUGUCGGGCGUCGCCGCGGACGCGCUCAUCGAGAGGAAAGUCUUCAGCAUCACCGUCGUACGGAAAAUCUUCACCUUCUUCGGCUUGCUGCUGCCGGCGGUUUUCCUUGUUCCCGUCGGUUACGUCGGAUGCAGCCACAUCCUCACUGUCACCUUCCUCACGCUCUCCACGAGUUUAGGAGGCACCAGCUCCCCCGGAGUCUUCAUCAACCAGAUCGACAUCGCUCCUCGGUAUGCAGGAUUCCUGCUGGGAAUCACCAACACGUGCGGGACGAUCCCGGGAGUCAUGGCUCCGAUUGUAACCGGAUACUUUACCGAAGACCACUCGAUGGACGGAUGGAGGAAGGUGUUCUGGGUCGCCGCUGGGAUCAAUGUAGGCGGCGCCAUCUUCUUCACAAUCUUCGGCAGUGGCAAGAUCCAGAAGUGGGCCGAGACGGAGGAGGAGAGGGCAGAACCGGAGAGGACCAGGAACGGGUCCGCCGGACAGUAGAGGGUUUCCUCCUGGUUAGAAGAUUCCUUCCAUGUUUUACCUCCAGGAUCUGAGAUGAGAACUCCGACGCCUCAUUCACACGAUCCGGAAAACGCACGACCUCCGCAAAGCCCAAAAAAUCAUUGAGUCUGAUCAGAGCAUUCACACCAGCUGGAUCCGGAAGGAGCUCCGUAACGUUUCCGUAACGAGUCUGCUUUUACCGGACGCUGCGCGCGGAAGUGAAAGAAACUACAUGAGCCUGACAGGAAGUGAGCUGUAAAUUUCCAGAGACGUUCUGCACACAAUCCGCACUUGUUAAGUCAUUUGCUGCCAGCGUUUCUCACCGUUUUUACUGGUUUUUUAAGUCACAGAACGUUGCGCGCUAGCAUGAUGUCGACGCCAAAACAACCAAAACAAAGCGGAGACUCACCUCUUACAUCAGGAAGAGUCCGCGUGUUUCGAGCGUUAUCCGUUCUUUCAUAAUCCGUUGUUGAAUUGUGAUCGGCAGAAGCUUUUCCGGUUCGCGUCUCACUUUUUUUUUUACAGCAGCGGCCCAAAACGAUCUCCUAACACAUGGAUGUUCUGCUUCCUGAUCACGUGACGUGUGACGUACGCGGAUGAAGAUCUGAGAUGUUUGUUCUCACGGAGCGGGGGCUCGUCCGACGCCCACACAGUAAAAACAUGCAUUGGCAGUGAACGAGUUAAUGGAAGUCCGUCUGGAAGCCGUAGAGAAACCAGACCUUCAGAAGGUCUGAUCCAGAUUAGGUCCACUUUCACAGAUUAUAGGAAAGUUCUGGAAGGACUGGGUCGGCAGUUUUAACAUUUAAAUAUAUAAAUCAUUUUACAGGUGAAUCCUAGAUUCUCCUGCCGCUGUAUUUAUUCUUACCUCCGAAACAUCUGUUGCAUCCAUUUACUGGGAUUCUGUCCCAGAUUCCCGUCACCGUUGGAGGUUUAUUUGUUUCCUGUUUUCUGCAGCGCCCAACUCCUCCCAGGUCGGGAGUCUUUGCUCUAAAGCACUUAAAACCAAAGAUAACAAAUACAUCACCAGAUGUCAUUUCUGCUGACUCAUCCCUCGCACCAACACACACCGCUCCUUUAAAGUUGUAAAGGUGUUUCUGACUAAGAGAAGAAGGUUUGGAUUAGGCAAAAGGCCCACUUUCUCAGUACAGGUCAGGGCCGCGUUCCACUCCUGUGGCUAGCAAGCACAACUUCUUCUAAAUGGAAAGGAAUGCAGCCCUGACUCGACUGAUUCAGACUCAUAAUAACAUGAAAAUUAUGAAUCAGAUUUUAUAUGUUAGUUAUUAAAAGUGUUUCCUGUUUAGUUUUGGUUCAAACUUCAGCCUGAGUGCGUUAGAAUAACGUCAGGAAUACAUAAUCUUAUUUUUAUUAGUAAUUUAAUCCAAAUUUCUUCUGACUGCUUGGUGUAACACUUCACAGGUUCGGAGCUUUACAUUCGACCUAAACUUCCUGUUUUAUUGUUUUUUAUACAGAAGAGGUACAAGCGGAUCCGUAGCUCCGCCUCCAAACACCAAGAGCCUUAAACUUAACGUGUGCCACUUUAGCUUUUUGUACGGUGAUCGUUUUAGGAGAUCAGGGCACGUCGGAUGGUUUUUGUUGUUUCAGGGGUACGUUUAGUGUCUAAGUCUGAUCCUUCCUACAAACUAUGCAGUCUAUUAAAUUGCACUUUGAUUGUAUAAAUAUGCCGAUGUACAGAACUGAAACAUUUGUUUAGAACAUUUAUAAAAUAAAAAUUUGUAAUUAAAAGAUCUGGGAACAAAAAAUAAAUCAGCCCACUUUUCCU